AUGAAGUGCUGUGUAUGCUUGGAAUCUAUCUCACCUGCUCAGCCCCUUGGGCAGAUGAUGACUUCAGAAAAUAUGGUUCACCGUUGCAAUGUUUGUGGUGCGGCUGCACACAUAAUAUGCUCUUCGAAUUCUCAGAAAGACUGCAAAUGCAUCUCAAUGUUCGGGUCCAAACAUGUGGUCCAUCUAUGGACUGUACUCUGGACAGAUGUAGCCGACCAAUCCGAAGAAGGUCAAUACUGUUGUUACUGUGAGGAGAUAUGCAGUGAAUCUUUUCUGGGAGGUCCUCCCAUAUACUGCUGCAUGUGGUGCCAAAGAUUGGUGCAUGCUGAGUGCCAGUCGGCCAUGGCUACUGAAACAGGUGACAUUUGUGACCUUGGUCCCUUCAGGCGCCUUAUUCUGUCGCCACUUUUUGUCCAGGCCAUUAGCAAACCUGGUGGCAUCUUGAGUUCUAUAACUCAUGGAGCAAAUGAGUUUGCAUCCACUGUGCGGGGGCGUUUAAACCGAACUAAAAAGGAGAAACAUCACAACAGAUUUCCAUCUGACAGUAAUGAUGAUUCAUCAAGUGAUACCACAUUGAACUCAAACCAGAGGGCUGGGGAAUUAAAAGCAACUGGGGGCAGUGCUCAAAGGAGUCCUGAGAAUGAGCAUUAUAGCAGUGAGAGUGAUGGUAGAGAACUCAUAUCAGAGCCCAGAAGGCUUGGCAACAAUGAGACUGGUGAAGUUAAACUUAAGUACGCAUUGUCUGAAUUGCCUGCUGAUUCCAGACCUCUUUUAGUUUUUAUCAACAAGAGAAGUGGGGCUCAGCGUGGAGAUCUUCUCAAGCACAAGCUACAUUUUCUUUUGAAUCCGGUGCAGGUUUUUGAAUUGAGUUCUUCACAAGGGCCAGAAACAAGAUUAUUUUUGUUCAGAAAGAGUUUUAUCAUGGGAGGUGGCCUAGGUGCUGUUGAGAAGCAAGGUGGCCUCUGCACAGUUUUACAUGACAUAGAGCAUGCAGCAGUCACUAUCCUGGAUAGAUGGAAGGUGACAGUAGAAGAUAAGGAAUCAAAGAAUGUGCUUCUAGUAAAGUACAUGAACAACUAUCUAGGUAUCGGUUGUGAUGCAAAAGUCGCCCUUGACAUUCAUAAUCUCCGUGAAGAAAGUCCUGAGAAAUUCUACAGUCAGUUCUUAAAUAAGGUGCUAUAUGCGAGGGAAGGAGCCAAGAGCAUCAUUGACAGGGCGUUUGUGGACUUACCAUGGCAAGUUCGGUUAGAAGUUGAUGGCACUGAGAUUGAGAUACCAGAGGACUCAGAAGGUGUGCUUGUUGCAAACAUCCCGAGCUACAUGGGAGGGGUUGACCUGUGGCAAAAUGAGGGUGAGAAUCCUGAAAAUUUUGAUCCACAGUCAAUCCAUGACAAGAUGCUCGAAGUGGUUAGCAUUACAGGAGCAUGGCAUCUGGGAACACUCCAGGUUGGACUUUCUCGGGCACGGAGGAUCGCACAAGGUCAGUCGAUCAAGAUACAAAUGUUUGCUCCUUUCCCUGUUCAAGUGGAUGGCGAACCUUGGGUCCAGCAGCCCUGCACGCUUAAGAUAUCCCAUCACGGACAGGCUUUUAUGUUGAGGAGGGCAAUUGAAGAGCCACUUGGUCAUGCAGCUGCUAUGAUCACCGACGUGCUCGAGCAUGCCGAAUCCAGCCGUGUAAUCACUGCUUCGCAGAAGAAAUCCCUCCUCCAAGAAAUGGCUCUACGGCUGUCAUGA